ACAAAUUAAUUCAGUAGGCCGUAAGCCAGUCGAGACGGACAAAAACUCGAUACCUAAAUUUCAUUUUUCAAUUCGUUGGUGGCCAAAAGACUUCUCGAUCAUGGUGGUAGCGUUGUCUAAAUUGGCGAAUUUCAGUCGCAUUAUACCCAUAAAUGAGAAUCUGCGCACAUUCGCAACUUCAAAUAUAAAGUUUAAACAGCUGAAAGUAAAUGGAAAAGUUAUUGGAAAAACAUGGUCUUCAGGAAUUGGUCGGACUACAAGACUAAAACGAAAAUAUAGAAUUCUUUCAACGACAAAUGGAAUUCGAGCUUUGCUAAUUCAAGAUACAACUACAAAUCUUAAAGGCUCACAAGCUGCCGUACGUAUCGACGUUGGGCAAUCCGACUGUAUUGGACCUACUGGCCAACUAGCCAACAACAUUUCUAAUUUACUUAAGAAAUGCAUACACACCGUCGUAAAUCAAGUGACUCGAAAUUACGAUGAUCCAGUCGGAUCUUACGUCUUUGGAGACGUUACGUUUGAUUCUACCGUUUUCUCUUUUGCGGAGAAACUACAUGCAGAAAAUGUACGAACGAGUGAUGAGAAUCUAGUGUGGAAAUUUCUCAGAAAUCUUGCGGAACUAGCUCUUUCACAAGAGAACACCCUCGAGCAUUUUGACAGUGUCGCUAAAGCGACGAAUUUUCGGUCAUGUAUGAAGCCGAAUGUACUGUCUCUUUAUGCUGAGGCCAAUAUCCAAAAACAUGAUAGGAUUAUGAAAAUGCGGGAGACUUUGCUAGAUACAGGAAUCGAUCCUAAUAUGCCCACAAUAUUGUUUGACACUCCUUGGCACAAAUUACCUUGGGACAAAGAACUUCAUGAUGAACCAUGUUUGCGCGUACUAAGUUUGUAUCGUACGAAGUAUUUCUUCCGCACAGUCUCGGUUUGCAUUCAUUCACAUUUAGAGUUAGAUGAAAUGGAGAAAAACUUCGUGGACAACUUUUUGAUUAACUCGGUUGAUGCCUACCCUAGAGAACCUCCGCCAACGAAAAAACGAGUAUUUCAUAAACCCCAUUCUGAUAGGAUUGUAGUGCCGUCGAAUUCUGAGGAACAACAAUUGGUUAUGCAAUUUCCUCACAUACAAAAGCCGUCGUUGGCACAGUCAAAUUCGUUGCAAAUUAUAGCUGAUUUUCUUAGCUACGGUGGCACUGGUAGUAUGACAGAUCUGCUUAUCAGACAAAAAACCGGAACUUCUUGCAAAUUUAGUCAUGACAAUAACUUGGGUCUUCUGGUAACCGUUGACUUGAAACCACCGAAUUUUGCAAUGGAGAAUAUUUCAACGAUCACCCAGCAAUUAUUCAACUACCUCAAAUUCCAUGUAGAUAAUGAUACUGGUAUAAAUCACUUCAAAGAAUUCACCGUCAAACGGAUGCUCGAUAAUUUUGCCGAUAUAUACCGUUCUGAGAAAGGCACAGUAGCCGUCGUUCAAAACUUAGAGUUCAACGAUAAGUUUGACGAAUUGGAUCUGUAUGCUACUACCGAUGAGCGUCAUAUGUUGAACGAUCUGCUGAACAGUUUCGAAAAUUGCAUUUAUUGGGUAUUUGCGGAAUUGACUCAUGAUGUCAAACAUACACUAGGGCUUUCAGACGAAAUACGUCCGGAGGAUAAUGGCCGCACUACUUUCUACUAUUCACAGUUUCCUAAGAUAAAGCCGACAGAGAUGAGUGACCUUUUCAUAAUACCUGAACUUUCUUUCUUUGGAUACCCAAUAAUAGACUUAGGUCAAUUAAUACGAGAACCCCCAAUAAGUUUGAGAUCGCUUCAACCUACACCUGAUGAUACUGAUGAUUACGACGUUGAGCAUCUAACGAUUGGUUGCAAUGAUGUCACGGACGUUCCGUAUUUGAUCAUAUGGAAAUACAUUUUGAAAUUAGAAUUCAGAAAUGUAUUUUCGGAAUUCGAAUUAAUGAAAUUGGAGGCCUACAUAACCAAGAGAAGCGAUGGUUUAAUCAUUAGCAGUCAAUAUAGAAUGCCUCGUCAAUUGCGUAUCAGAAUAGAAGAAAAGCUAGACGUUCUGAAGAUGGCAGAUCCUGUGAGCUUCUCCGAUUUAAAAUCUAAAUUUGAAAUCGCUCAAGAUGUCGCAACAAAAAAAAUGUCGAAAAAACUUGUUAACUCGGAAGCCCUGGCGCGAUCACUACUGCACACUUGUAUCCACAAUUUACUCGGAACGAAGGUCAUGCCACCACUUCCUAUGAGAUAUGUUCAGAUCGUGAAUAUGACUUUCGACAAAUUACGUGAACAUCCGCUUAAUGAAGCAACGCCCCACAUACACGAGUAUGCACCAGCCAUAACAGCACGAGACAACACAGAAAUAUAUAUAUCGUCAAUGGAUCGACUUGAAGACACUUCUUAUGGUCUUUGCUGUUAUUUCUGUGGAACGGAUUUAUCGCAAGCUGAUCAAAUGGCGUUGACAGAUAUUUUCGAAGCCUUCGUUGGCAAUCUCGUACGAACCGGCGUUUUGCCAACCUUCGAUGUGGUGCGAUAUAGAUUUCAAAAUGUGUUCGCCUUUGUUGUUACUGUGACUGGAUGCUGGAAGGAAAAUGAUCUUAGACAUAAAAUUAACGAAAUCGACGAAGCGCUUAUGUCGGCAAAAUUUGGGGGUGAUGGGUAUUCUGUACUCCAGGGUAACAUGGUGGAAAGGAGAUUCGUGAUCGGGAUUACCAGACACGAACCGUCCGCAUAUGCUGAGCAACCGAAGGAUGUACGGUCAAUGUCUUUUGAUGAAUGGUUUAAUGUUUGGAUGAUGGAAAAUAUAAAAGAGCUUGAAAAAAUUAUGGAUAUUGCAUCGGACGGAGAAUCGGACGGAGAAUCGGACGGUCCGUAGCAGAUUUUCUAAAAUUUAUUUCGAAAAGAAUACGAAUCCAAAAUUAUAAAUAUUUUGCCCCGAAAUGUA